UUAUGUUGUCUGUGAAAAUAAAAGACAGAAAGACCGAAACGAAAAGGAAAGUGGAUUGGGUCUUCUUCUUCUUCCUCUUCUUCCUUUGUUCCGUUUGUUUCUCUACAUUCUAUCAACCGGCCUGAGUUUCAAUAAAUCGAUCACGAUGCUUAUAAAUACUCUUCAUAUCUCUCUAUUCUUCGUUAUUUCAACAAACAGAAAAACUAGAAAAAAACCCCUAAAACCGAGACAAGAAAGAUGCAUAAUAAAUCUAAGGAAUUUGUUCUAAGAUCUGUUGCUAGCUCUAAUGGAGUAAUCAAAUCUGAAGCUGUUGCUUCCAUUUCUCAAGAUGGGAUAGUUAUGGCUAAUGUAAGGCGUUAUCAGGGAGAUUUGCUAUUGUCUAAAGCAUCUGUAAACCAAACAUCAUCGACAAAAGCAAUUAACGCAAGCAUCAUCUCGAACAAGAAGGUAAUGGCUAUGGCUACUGUAUAUCGUGAUGGUGUUAGGGAAGUUGUAGCAAAAGAAGUUGAUGAUGAUGAUAAAGAAAACCAGGGUUUUCCAAGGCUGUCAUUGCCAAAGAAAUUAACUACUUCCAAGAAAAUCUUGAAAGAGAAAGAAAGCCAGUGGUAUCUUUCAUCUACCACUCAUACUCUAACUGCAACAGUCCCAGAUCUAAGAUCCGUUGCUUGGUCGAAUGGUGAAAUCAAAUCUGAAGCUAUUGUUUCAAUUUCUCAAGAAGGAGAAGUGAUGGUUAAUGUAAGGCCUUAUGUGGAAGAUACGGUAUCCUCUAGAGCUUCAGUAAUUCAUAAAUCAUCAUCAAAAGCAAUUAGGGCAGGGAUUAUCUCGAACAAGAAGGUAAUGGCUAUGGCUACUGUGUAUCAUGAUGGUGAUAGGGAAGUUGUAGCUAAAGAAGUUGGUGACGGCGAGGAGGUUGAAGAAAACCAGGGUUGUCAAAGGCUGUUAUUACAAAAGAAAUCUACGACUUCCAAGAAUUUCUCGAAAGAGGAAGAUAACCAAGGGUUUCUUUCAUCUAUCACUCAUACUCGAACUGCAACUACUAGUAGCUCUUCACCAGCAACAACAACAAUAACAACAGACCCAGACCAUCUGGAAAAAUUAAUCCGCAAUCUUUGCUUAACACUUGUAUCAGGAUCAGCUCUGAAUCCUUUGGGACGCAACUUGUGGCCUGGUGUUGGGACGCCUAGACCUGCUACUAGCACUCAUGAUCAAAGCUCAGAUGGAGAAGCGGAUGCUGAUGCACCCAGGAAAUGGUGAACAAAAUGCUGAUUUUUUGUGAAUGUGAUUGAUCUUGUAAAUAGCUGUUCAUGGACAACCAAAGAAAUUAUUGAAGCCAGCAAGUUUUUUUCUUAAAACUUUUUGAUACUUCGUGUUAAUAUGCCUCAGUUAGUUGUGCAGAUAUAUAGAUGUGCCAAGUAUGCUAAAAAGCUAAUGUAAAAAACUUGUUCCAGAACACUUUCAGAUAAGGGCAUGUAAUAUUCUCCUCUUAGUUCUUUCAUCCUGCUAAAAUUGCAGUCUGUACAAAAUUUCUGAAAGGUUUGUGUAAGGAUACUAACUGCAAGUUAACUCAUACAUGGCCAUUUAACCUAGUUCCCUGUAUUUGUUCUUGUGAAGUUUUCCUCAGGGGAUAUUUUGCUGAA